UGUAGGAUCCCAAAUAUUUUCAAUCUCCCUUUCUGAAUACUUCAGCAUGGCUUUCUCAUUCUCCUUCCACUCGUGGAACUUCAUCAGUUUCUUAUUUAUCAUCAUCAGCUUCAGUUUGAUGACCAUGGAAUCAACAGUUACCCAAGCUGCAUCUUAUGGUUCCGUCAUUCAGUUUCGUCCUUCCUCAUGGAAACUUGCCCAUGCUACAUUUUACGGCGAUGAAACUGCUCGUGAAACAAUGGGUGGAGCUUGUGGUUAUGGGAACUUGUUUGACAGUGGAUAUGGGACUAACACUGCAGCAUUGAGCACAACAUUGUUUAACAAUGGCUAUGCUUGUGGAAGUUGUUUCCAAAUGAAGUGUGUUAAUUCUAAAUGGUGUUAUAAAUAUUCUCCCUCUAUAACUGUUACUGCCACAAACCUUUGCCCUCCUAACUGGGCCCAAGAUAGUAACAACGGUGGAUGGUGCAACCCGCCUAGGAGCCAUUUUGACUUGGCCAAACCAGCUUUUAUGAGAUUUGCACAAUGGAAAGCCGGCAUUGUCCCUGUCAUGUACCGCAGAGUACCAUGUGCGAAGCCUGGAGGACUCCGAUUCAAGUUCCAAGGAAAUGGGUACUGGUUAUUAGUCUACGUUAUGAAUGUAGCUGGAGGGGGAGAUAUUUCAAAAAUGUGGGUGCGUGGAAGUAAAACAGGGCAAUGGAUCAGUAUGAGCCAUAACUGGGGUGCAUCUUACCAAGCAUUUGCAGUAUUAGGAGGACAAUCUCUUUCAUUCAGGGUUCAAUCUUAUUCCACUAAGGAAAUCAUUACAGCUUCGUAUGUCGCACCUUCCAACUGGAACACCGGCAUGACAUACAAGUCUAACGUCAAUUUCCAUUAAGGGAAGUUAGUACGAGCAAGUAAGAAAACAAGAAAUCUCCCUUUAAGAAGAGGAGUUGGUCUCAAGUAAGAAAACAAGAAGUCUCCCUUUAAGAAGAGGAGUUAGUCUCUAUCGUGGUUAGGAUUUUAUAUUGUGAAGAACGCCCCGCAGACGGUCGACCUUAUUUUUACGACUGUGUUCUGUUGCGAGCUUAGAACAUUGCAAUGCGAAUAAGCAAAUGUAUGUUGUUUGUAGUCGGUAUUAU